UGAAGCCAUCUCCUCCACUGUGGUGUAGUACUGAGGUGCAGUGCCGUUGUCUAUUGCUCCAUUGCCGGCACUGAACAACAUGGCGGACAAGGCAGUCACCAUCCGAACCAGAAAGUUUAUGACAAACAGGCUUCUUUCUCGAAAACAAUUCAUCGUAGAUGUCCUUCAUCCAGGGAGGGCCAAUGUUUCCAAGGCUGAACUGAAGGAGAAAUUGGCAAGAAUGUACGAGGUUAAGGAUCAGAAUACUGUAUUUGUCUUCAAGUUUCGAACUCAUUUUGGAGGAGGAAAGUCCACUGGGUUUGGGUUGAUUUAUGAUUCAGUUGACAAUGCAAAGAAGUAUGAGCCCAAGUACAGGCUGAUUAGGAAUGGACUUGAUACCAAGGUAGAGAAAUCCAGGAAGCAGAUGAAGGAGAGAAAGAAUCGAGCCAAGAAGAUUCGUGGUGUGAAGAAGACCAAGGCUUCCGAUGCUGCCAAGGCUGGAAAGAAGAAAUGAGUUUUCAGACUUCCUGUCCUGGUGUUAAGGUUCUUUUGCUAUUGGUAUUUUCUAAAUGGUUAUUUUUGUUUUAUGAUAGCUUCCUAGAAUGAGACGUUUUGCUGUUGAGUGUUUAUGCUACUUAAAUUGAUGUUCAGUUAGCUUCAGAUUGAGAACGGGCAGUUAUCAAUUUUGAGAAUUCAGUUGAACACUUCCCUCUGCUUUCAAAUAUUUAGUAGACUGUGAUUAUGAAUUCCUU